CCGUGCUGCAGUUAAGAGAGCGGUGUCUCGCGUCUGGCGGCGUCGUGGGUCCUGGCAGUCCCCGCCAUGGGCAAAACGGUUGACUCUCUGGGUCGGGGAACCAGACCUGACCCGGUGCGGAGCUUCAAUCGCUGGAAGAAAAAACACAGCCACAGGCAGCACCAAAAGAAGGAGCGGAGGAAGCAACUUAAGAAGCCGGAAUGGCAGGUCGAGCGUGAGGGGAUCAGCCGCCUCAUGCAAAACUACGAGAAGAUAAAUGUAAAUGAAAUUACAAGAUUUUCAGAUUUCCCUUUGUCCAAAAAAACAUUGAAAGGUUUGCAAGAAGCACAGUACCGCUUGGUAACUGAGAUACAGAAGCAGACCAUAGGGUUGGCUUUGCAAGGUAAAGAUGUGCUUGGAGCUGCCAAAACUGGAUCUGGCAAGACUUUGGCUUUUCUUGUUCCAGUAUUGGAAGCCUUAUACCGUCUGCAGUGGACUUCAACAGACGGCCUGGGAGUUCUGAUAAUAUCACCUACUCGAGAACUGGCCUAUCAGACAUUUGAGGUUCUUCGCAAAGUAGGGAAGAAUCAUGAUUUUUCAGCCGGUCUCAUCAUUGGUGGAAAGGAUCUGAAACAUGAAGCUGAGAGGAUCAACAACAUAAAUAUACUCGUUUGCACACCUGGUCGACUUCUUCAACACAUGGAUGAAACAGUAUGUUUUCACGCCACCAAUCUUCAGAUGUUAGUUCUUGAUGAAGCAGAUAGAAUCUUGGACAUGGGCUUUGCUGAUACCAUGAAUGCUAUUAUUGAAAAUCUUCCCAAGAAACGCCAGACUUUACUGUUCUCAGCCACACAGACCAAAUCUGUAAAGGACCUUGCACGCUUGAGUUUGAAAGACCCUGAGUAUGUCUGGGUUCAUGAGAAAGCAAAAUACAGCACCCCUGCUACAUUGGAACAGAACUAUAUAAUCUGUGAGCUGCACCAAAAAAUAAGUGUGCUAUUUUCCUUUUUGAGAAGCCACCUAAAGAAGAAGAGUAUUGUAUUUUUCUCCAGUUGCAAAGAGGUUCAGUAUCUGUACAGAGUGUUCUGCCGGCUGCGCCCAGGGAUCUCCAUCCUUGCUCUCCAUGGCCGGCAACAGCAGAUGAGAAGAAUGGAAGUCUACAAUGAAUUUGUCCGAAAGAGGGCCGCAGUACUUUUUGCUACUGAUAUUGCAGCCAGGGGACUGGAUUUUCCAGCUGUGAAUUGGGUCCUUCAGUUUGAUUGUCCAGAGGAUGCCAACACAUAUAUUCACAGAGCUGGUAGAACUGCCAGGUACAAAGAGGAUGGAGAAGCUUUAUUAAUUUUACUACCCUCAGAAGAACAAGGGAUGGUGCAGCAGCUUCUCCAGAAGAAAGUACCCGUGAAGGAGAUCAAAAUCAAUCCAGAAAAACUUAUUGAUGUUCAGAAAAAAUUAGAAUCAUUUUUAGCUCAAGAUCAAGAUUUAAAAGAAAGAGCUCAAAGGUGUUUUGUCUCCUACAUACGUUCAGUAUAUCUUAUGAAGGAUAAAGAAGUCUUUAAUGUGAGCAAGUUACCUAUUACUGAAUAUGCACUGUCCCUUGGUCUUGCUGUGGCACCACGGAUAAGAUUUCUUCAGAAAAUGGAGAAACAGCCCACCAAAGAAUUGGUAAAGAAUCAACUUAGCGUUGAUUCAACAGUUCAGCCCAGGGUUCCCUCCCUCACCAACGAUGAAGUAGAAGAAUUUCGGGCUUAUUUCAGUGAGAAAAUGUCCAUCCUUCACAAAAGUGGGAAAAGUCUAGACGAGACAGAACACAGAUUGGCUAGUGAUGAUAGUGAAGAACAGGAUGACGAGACGGAAGAUGAAGAAAUGGAAGAUCAUCUGGGAAAAGCAAGAGAGCCUCACACUGAAUCUCUUCUCAGUAUUGAGGAGGCACAGAAGGUCAAGGAAGUUCCCGUGCAGUUCUUAGACAGAGAUGAUGAUGAAGAAGAUGGGCCUGAUGCUGACUUCCUCACAGUGAAACGGCGUGAUGUGUUUGGGUUGGAUCUUAAAGAGAAUGAAGCACUGUCCAAAAAAGAACCUUCUAAAUCCAGUGUCAAGAAAAAAUUAACCAAAGUUGCUGAAGCAAAAAAAGUAAUGAAGAGAAAUUUUAAAGUGAACAAGAAAAUAACAUUUACUGAUGAAGGGGAGUUGGUUCAGCAGUGGCCACAGAUUCAGAAAUGUGCUACAAGAGAUGAGGAGGAAGAAGAUGACACUGGUGGUAUCAACCUAGACAAAGCAAAGGAAAGGCUUCAGGAAGAGGAUAAAUUUGACAAAGAAGAAUAUAGGAAGAAAAUUAAGGCGAAGCAUCGGGAAAGACGCCUAAAAGAAAGAGAGGCCAGAAGAGAAGCCAACAAAAGACAAGCAAAGGAAAUGGUGGAUGAGGUGUGGAGUGACACCAAGAAGAAGCAGGAAAUGAGGAAGAGGAACAGCAUUGAAGUCGAUGAUGGAAGACCAAGAAGUCGUCAUGGAAAGAAGGCCAAGUGGGAAACAUUAGAACCUUUGGAUACAGGCCUGUCUUUAGCAGAGGAUGAAGAGCUGGUGUUACAUCUCCUCAAAAGUCAAAACUAAACAUCCUCUGUGCCUUUUUGUACUUUGAUACCUAUGGACAUUACUAUGUGGGCAAGAAGUUGAAAAUAGCUUUGUGUUUUGAAAUAUCAGGGAACAUACUAAGCAUAAGUAUGUAGUGUAUACUGUUAGAAUUCAUGUGUAGACUCUCAUUUCCCACCGCCGGAAAUGCUUGUUUUGUUUGUUUUCACAGUGCUGAAGAUUAAACCAAGGCCUCACACAUGGUAGAUAAAUGCUCUACUCCUGAGCUGGGUACCUAGUCCCUGUUUGUUUUACAGGCAAGGUUCUGGAUCCAUUGUUCGUUUGUUCUUGUUAAGUAUACAUAAUAAUUUUAUGUAUAUUUCAUUAUACAGUGGACUAGCCCUGACAAAGAAUGUGUAUUUUUUAAUCGAGUUCAUAAAAAAUAAACAUGUUUCUUAUAAAGUA